GGACACCGCCAUGGCACGGGGGAGGGGGGUGUCGAAGAAGAGAGAGAGAAUGUGGAAGGAAGAGCAGAAGGGAGAAGAAGACGGUGUCGGCUAUGGUGUCUCUGGAAGUGUAAGGAUCUCAGUGAAGAAUGGCGUUCGGAUUGACCAUGGACCAAAGUCUAUCAUGACUAUACAUGACAACAGCUCCUCCUCUUCCUCCUCCCCUUCCCCUCCCUCCUCCUCCUCCUCCUCCUCCUCCUCCUUCUCCUCAUCCUCAUCGCCAUCAUCGUUUUCCAUCGUUGCUCCUGUCUGUGGGUUGGGCGCCGUUUGUAGGGGUGGUACAGUGCCCGCUGGAAGGUGUACAACUGCACGGUGUUCUCGGAGAGGGGAGAAUCUUUUGCGCCCGGCAAAAAAAAAAUCGAGGUCCCGAUCCCAACUGACCAAAGGCAAGUGGCCCCGGUGGAGAAUCUCUUAUCCGAAAGUAACGGUGCAACUGCCGAACAGGACAGUGAGAGAUCUGAGUUUGCUCCUAGAGUCCUCAUUAAACGAGUUGCUGGCUAUGAGAGGAGGGUGGGAAUGGAGGAGAGGAGGAGGAGGAGGAGAAGAAGGAGGAGGAGGGGAGAUGGAGCAGGACGCCGUGAGUUUCGUGCAUGAUGUGAUGAGCAGAUGUCCGUUCCGCAGAGAUGUCAAGAAGAUGACAUUAUUGUUGACGAAGGUGGGAAAUGCUGGACGCAUGGGCACACUUCAGCUAAUGCUCACGUGGCUUGAGAGGUUUGAAGAUAUAACAACGGACGAGCGCAUGUAUAAUGCGGUGUUGGGCGUUUGCAUUAGGAAGGAAGACGUUCCGUUGGCAAUGGAGGUCUACUCAAUGAUGGUGGGCGUGGGAAUCCGACCAAACGUGUACACGUACAAUGCCCUAAUAUCGACGUGCGCGAAGGUUAAGGAUCUCCCACGGGCGAUGGAGAUGUAUGGGAAGAUGCGGGCUGAAGGAUAUCGUCCGGACAUUGUCACAUACAAUGCGCUCCUCAGUGUUUGCGAGCGAACAGGAAAGUGGCAGCAGGCUCUGCGAUUCCUCUCAGGUAUGGCUGCAGACAACGUGAAGCCGGACGUGAGGACGUGUAACACAGUAAUUCGCACGUUGAGUGCCGGUGGACAGUGGGAGAGGGCGCUGCAGGUGCUUCAGCGCAUGGAGGCGGCAGGAAUUCGGCCAGACACGUUGACGUAUACUGCAAUGAUAGAAGUGCUGGGGAAGGCAGGUCGUUGGGAAGAAGCUCUGCGACGGUUCAAAGAGCUGCAGGGAAAAGCGGCGCGGAACGAGAAAGGAUGUGCACUUGACAUCCUCACGUGGAACACCAUCAUCGUGUGUUUGAGCGACGCUGGACAGGCGGAACUAGCGUUGCAUUUGUACAGAAAGAUGAGGGAGGAGUGGCUGGCGGGAGGUGGCUGUGCGCCCGAUCAGGUGACGAGGAAUGCAGUGAUUGGUGGGUUUUCAAGGCGAGGGGAGUACAAGAAGGCCGCACGAGUAUUUCAGCAGAUGCUCGACGAAGGGGGAUUUGUGCCGGACGUUUUCAGCUACAGUUCACUCAUCGGCGCCUGCGAAGAGAGUCGCCAAUGGGCUGUGGCUCUUGAGGUAUACGAAGGAAUGCUGCUCGAAGGCUGUCGGCCGAACGAAGUCACCUACAGGACCCUGCUGAAUGUUCUGAAGCUAUGUGGACGAGGCGCAGAGAUGGAGAUGAUUGAGAGGGAUAUGGCCGCGCGGGGGAUUCUGCUGAGAGAGGAGGCUGACACCUUGCAGGAGGAGGAUGGGGGGGGAAGCAUACGCAGCAAUCAGUUGCUGCAGAGGGACUGGAUAGAAACCCCGCUUCCGCUGUCGAAUGUCGCAGAGCUGGCCGAGGCUCUCCAUUGCCUUCCUUGGUAUCAAGACAUGAAGCCGAUACUACGAAUCUGGACAGGAGAGCUUGACAGCAAGACCGUGUGCAAGGUUAUUCGUUGGCUCGGCAAGCACGGCAACUGGGAGCGAGCGAUCGCACUCUUGGACCAUCUUGAGAGCCGAGGUUUCGAAAAGAACGUAAUCCUCCACACGCAGUUGAUCGGCAUUCUAGGACGAUGGGGUCAGCCAGAGAGAGCUGUCAAAGUGUUCAAGAGCAUGGAACAGAAAGGCGUCCCGCCAACCAGUGUGACAUAUGCCCAUCUGAUCAAUGCGCUUGUACGAGGCGGCAAACACGACAUCGCGCAGGCCUAUUUCAAGGAAAUGCGUGAGAUUGGCAUCACUCCGACAGUGAUGACGUACAGUGCGCUGAUCAGCAGCCUUGUGAAGAGUUGUCAACUGAAGGAAGCAGUCAAAUUUCUGAAUAGAAUGGAAGAGGAAGAUGGAGUGGAAGCCAACACCGUUAUCUACAACCAGCUGAUCCAGUGUUGUGGUCAGUGCGGGGAGUGGGAGAUGGCUCUACGCCUGUUCGAGCGAUUGAAGUCCCGCGGUUACACGCCAGACGAUGUCACUUUCACUGCUUUGGUUCGUGUAUGCGAGAGUUCGUUCGAGCCAGACGAUCCGAACCCACUGCUGCAAACAGCUUUGGGGAGACUGUACGAGGAGAUCGACGCGGCCGGUUAUCAUUAUCCAAGUGGGCAGCAGCAACGCUGCCCCCCUCCCCAACUCACCCAUGAAGGUACGGAACAUCACUGUGAACAAGUGGGUGGGGAAGGAAAGCGGCUGCCGUGAGGCUGCAAUAGAAAUGGUUCUCAGUGCUGCCAACCUGCCUAGCAGCCUAGGUGAAAAACUGUUUGUGAUGGCGGAUAAAUGUUUAUGGAGCAU